AUGGCGGCUAAGUACGGCCUAAUGCUACAUCAGAUGGACGUCAAGACAGCGUUUCUUAACGGCUCCCUCAACGAAGACAUCUACAUGGACCAGCCGGACGGAUACCUGGAUGCAACACAGCCGGACUAUGUGUGCAAGCUAAAGAGAUCACUCUACGGCUUGAAGCAAUCGCCUCGCAUGUGGAACCAAACAAUCGAUGGGUUCAUGAUCAAGAUGGGAUUCAAGAAGUGCGAAUCGGACCACUGCAUCUACAUCAAGCGAGACGACCAAGACAUGAUUCUCGUGGUGCUCUACGUCGAUGAUCUCAUCCUGGCCAGCAGCAACAACGAACUCCUCAAGUCGACCAAGAUGGCGCUGAGCAAACGCUUCGAAAUGACGGAUCUCGGUGAGCUCGAUUACUUUCUCGGCAUGGAGAUCAAGAACGACCGUAAGACGGGAAUGGUGACUGUACAACAAACCAAGUUUCUCAAGUCCCGUGUUAACCAAGUUCGGAAUGGAUAA